AUAAAUUUUCAAGUUUCGAGCGCCUCUGAGACUCACUUGGAAAAGCUUUUCUUUCUUUCUUCUUUCUUUCAUCAGUGAUCACUGCACCCUUGGUUGUCCAAAUUCCCUCAUGGCAACCUCUAAGAUUUUGGUCUUCUCCAUAUUCUUAGCCCUAUUAUUCAGCAGAAUUACGGCAGACGCACCGCUUCCAAACGACGGCGCUUCCGCUUCUGCUCAAGAGGUUGCUGAUUCGUCUCUGAAACUCCAACUUGAGUUACUCCAAUUGAAGGUUUCACUUCUAGAAUCAAGCCUUGAUGAGAAAAACCGUGAACUGAAAGAAAAGGAUGAAAGUAUUAGACAGAUGGAGAAGAUUAUUCAAGAGAAAUCAAACAGCAUUGCAUUAAUACAAAGUGGGAUAGAGUCUGUCCAGGGAAGAGACUCUUUAGAUGUUGUGGAACUCACAGAUAAGUCACAUGUGCAGGCUGGUGGGCUUGAGAAGCAGGUUAAAAGACUUAGAGAGGACAUCAUAAUGCAAAAUAAGAGAAAAGAUGAACUGGAAGCCCGAGCAAGUAUAGCUGAGCAGAAAAUCCGUGAACUGAGUUUGAAAUUAGAAAAUCUUCAAAAAUUUAAUGAUGGACAGAAGAUCGGAAUUCGCAGAACUGAACGUGAUCUUCAAGUGGCAGAGGAAGAAAUGAUGAAGGAAAAAUUUGGGAUCUCUUCGAUAUCUAGAGAUUUGACAGAGGCCCAUGGAGGAUGGCUUCUGCAUACGUUUGCAGUUCAUAUAGGCAAUUUUCAGUCAUACAUCGUGACUUACUGGAACGAGCUUGGAAGACCAGCCUUGGAUCUGGGAAUUGAAAAGGCCUUAGUGAUGAAAACUCAAGUUGAGGUUUGGGCUGAGCUCAACAUUGAAAGCAUCAGAACGAAAUGGAUCCCAAGUUUGAAGAAACAGUAUUUUGCAUUUAUAGCCUAUCUUAAACCACAUAUUCAGUCCGUUGCUACAAAUACUGUUGAUGUCUAUCAUUCAUCAAAGAGUUCUAUAGCACCACUUGUUUUCAAGGUGCAAAAGUUGGCAGAUCCUUACAUUCAGGAAGCUAAGAAAUUUACCGACCCAUACAUUGAUCAGGUUGCAAUGGUGACAAGACCACAUUUAGAUCAAGUACAUGUUGUCCUGCAGCCGUGUGCAGAAAAAGUAAUCUAUGCAUAUGGACAAUUCAUCAGAACUGCAACGUUUUACCAUCAUGAGGUUGAAGAAAUGCUAAAAGGUAAUGAGUUCACGCAAUCGCUUGCAAGUAUGGAAGUGGCAUGGUUUGCGGCCUCUGCUUUACUAGCCCUGCCUGCAGUUUUCCUGUUUAAGUUGUAUUCGGCUAUUUUCAGAAAAAAGACAAAGAAACGUAGUUAUAGUUCCCAAGAAAACCACACACGUCACAGGCUCAAGCGUGGCUACCCUGCAAAGUGAAGUACAUGA